CGGGCUCGGAGGCGCGUCUGCGGGGCCACCAGGCAGGAGUUCGCGUCCGGCCGGCGGGCCAUGGAGGCGGCGUUGCUGCAGCCGCUGGCAGCGGCCGAGGUGAAGGCGGCGGGGUCGGUGAGCGCCGAGCUGGAGGUGAAGAAGCUGCAGGAGCUGGUGCGCCAGCUGGAGAAGCAGAACGAGCAGCUGCGCAGCCGGGCGGCCGUCGCCCCCAUCGCCUCCCCCACACCGGCCCCGGUGGGCCCUGCCAGUCCCCGCCCGCAGCGCCUGCUCUCGCCCGCGGCCCUCCCGGUCCAGCUCGCCAUGGCCGGCCCGGCGCCGGCGCUCCUGUGCGUCGCCGCCGCCGCGGAGCCCUUCGUCUACUUCAAGCCCUCGCCCGUCGCCCCGCAGCAGCACGAAGCAGCCAACCUCCCUCCGGCCACCGCCUGGGACGAGGUGGAGGUGCUGGACUUGCAGGGGGAGCCCGAAAAGGAGGCCGCGGAGGAGACCUGGUUGUAUGUUGUGCCUGCUAAGAGUGGUGUGUCCCAAGAAAAACUGCUGAGUCCCCUGCAGUGGUGCCGACGUGUUCUGGAUCAUCCAAGCCCUGAGAUUGAAGCGGCAAAACGCUCGCUCUGCUUCAGGCUGGAACAAGCUAGCCGAUGGCGGAGUCUCUUCUCUUCAUCUGUCUCCUUGGCUUUCCCCUAUAGCCCUGUUGCAAGGCUUACUCCAUAUAGCAAUGGCUUUAACACACCUGCCUUUUCUAAAACCUUCAGUAAAGCAAUAUUAACAUCUGAAAAGACAGGUUGUGUUUCCCGAAACUCUCCUCUGAGCCCCCAGUCAUCAAUAGACAGUGAACUGAGCACCUCAGAGCUAGAAGAUGACUCCAUCUCCAUGGGAUAUAAACUGCAGGAUCUCACGGACGUCCAAAUCAUGGCUCGGCUUCAAGAAGAAAGUAGAGACUAAUAGCUUCCUACUUCCAGCAUCUGUAUCCAGGAAACGAGCUCCAGCAUACCUCUUAAAACUGGUGGGAAAGGGACCAGCAGGUGAUCAAGAGAUUUGGUCCCGAUACAGCCAACAAGGGAUGAAGAUGAAGAGUUUGACCACCUGCCGCCCCCUCAGCCUCGCCUCACCCGUUGCACCCCAUUCCAAAGAGGAAUUCCCCAUUCUCAGACUUUUUCCAGUAUUCGGGACUGCAGAAGAAGCCCAACCUCCCCAUAUUUCCCUUCAAAUAAUUAUCAGCAGCAGCAGUAUUAUUCUCCUCAAGCCCAAAGUCCUCUUGAUCAGCAACCAAACAGGAUUAAUGGAGACAAACUCCGACGGAGCAUGCCCAACUUAGCCCGUAUGCCAAGCACCCCUACUGUCAACACCACCAUUGGCUCUACGGUCACUGUGAGGAACAGUCUCAGCUUUGACUCAAACUUGCACGGAGCUGGUAAUGGGAUAUCAAGAAUUCAGUCCAGUAUUCCUUCUCCAGGACAACUUCAGCACCGAGUUCACAGUGUGGGACACUUUCCAGUCUCAUGUCAGACUGGCCUCACAGAGAAGCCACUGCCCCAACAGGGUCCCACGGCUUAUUUCAGCAGCAGCAGCAGCAGCAGCAGCAACAGCAGCAGCAGCAGCAAUAACACACCACUGCCAAGCACCUUACAGUUACACUCUAACUCUGGCAUCCCAAUGCCAAACAAGACUGCAAAUGUAGGGAUCAUAACGCGCAGUGGUCUACCCAGGCCUUCCUUGGCCAUAGGUGGUAGCAGCAUACCUAGGAGCAAAAUUGCACAGCCUAUUCGAAGUUUCCUUCAGCCGCCAAAACCUCUUUCUUCACUUAGUACUCUACGGGAUGGCAACUGGAGAGAUGGCUGUUAUUAAAACUGAAGAGACCUGAACUACAGGCAAGACAGAAUGCUUGAUCCUUUUACCCAGCUGGCUGGGUAACUAGACUGAAGGUGGGGGAAAAUGGGUCGCACGGGGCUAUUUGUUUUCUCUGUCAUUGAUCACCAAACAUAUGCAAAGCCCACAUCCUGCACUUAGUUGUUUGCUUCGGAAAACCGCAGUGCUGUCAAAUUAACAUUAAGUAUUAUUGUUUUGACCUUUUAAAAUAUAAUCUGUAAAGUACCAGAGGGAGCCCACUUGGGGGCGCCAAAAUGUGGUUUCUGGAUGCUUGAAUCAUAAAGAGAUUUUUCAGAACGAUUUAAUCUGUGUACUGCUUUAAAAGGUGAUGUUUUAAUGAGUUUAAUAUUUUUUUUGCAAAAUUUACAAGGUGGAUUCUUCUGCUACUUUUUUUAGCCUUUCUAAAGGGCAUUGUUUUAUACUUAAUGUGUUUUAUAUUCACUGGAGUCACAGAAUAUGAAAAUUUUGUCUGUGCCAUAAGCAAUUUUUUCCCUAAUUAUAAGCACUCAGAAUACAUCUUAAACAUAUUUUAAACAUAUCUUCCCCGAUUUAGCCAGGGCCCAUCUGCCCACAGAAGCAGAUGUUAAUGUACGCAUGACUCACUGCAUGAGGAUCCGGGUGCUGAAAUGUGCGCAGUUGUUGAUGCUGAAAAGUCCCAGGGAGCAACAGUGGCAACGACCCCAGUUUCAAGGACAGGGUGGGGGAAUGCCUGACCGUUCCACUCUCAUUCUGGUGCUUGGGAUUAUAGGGGGCAUUUUGGCAUUAGGAACUCUGCCCCAUCUUGAGAACGCCCAUAGCUGAAUCAGGGCCUAUCCACAGGCACUACAAAAGCUGUGUUGCGUGUAUAUGUUGUGAUAAUGUAGGUGCGUGUGUGCACACGCCCACACACAAGUGUUCACUUGAAACUGCCAUGCCUUUGGGGGAGGGGGGAAAGUUGACCUGAGUCUGUUCUCUCAUCUUCCUGUUCCAAUGCUAAUUUAUUAUCACGGUGGUCUUGCAUUUAUAAGGAGGGCUUAUGUUACGUUGCACUUAAAAGAAGCAGUGAUCUCUAAACGAUCGUAUUUCAGUACUUUUUGUGAAGAAUAAAUAUUGGGACGUUUUAUUAACAAGUUAUGUACGGGAAGAACUAAUGGGUUUUCAUGGAAGUAAAUCCUGUUUUUAUAGACCUUUUACAAAACCCAGUUGCACUAAUUAGUGAUUUCUUAUGACGGAUUAUGAUUUUAAUACUUGAUUACAACUUGUAUUCUGCUGAUCUGGAAUGUUUUGGGAAUAAAGAAAUCUAUUUCAGCAACCUCAUGCUAUUCUUGGAUGUGCAAUAGAAAAA